AUGUCUGGGAUGCAUGAAGACUCAUAUGCCCCCAAGCAACAAAUCUGGCAGAGAAAGGUGGAAGAAAGGUGCGGGGAAUCAGCUGAGAACGCUUCCAAACAGCCCUCAUCUGCUGUCACUGGCAAACCACGUAAGCACAAGCGGGCCAAACGUGGGCCUGACCAGGACAUAAAUGGGCCAACGCUAUUUCAUGAAGCGGCUGACGGCAACAAGCUCCAGAACCAAUCUAAAGCCGGCUGUCUGACUGCUACCCUGACAUCUGACCCCAGAGUGAAGGAUUCUUGGAAGAUGAACGCAGACGAGAAAAUGCAAAUGCUCGAGAGGGCGUUGGAGACCAAGGCGCUGGUGCUCACCUUGGUGUACCGCGAUGGAACAACUCAGUUGGACCCGGAGCAGAAGCUCACUCCAGAAGUGUGUGGCCUCCUCGUACUGAUGAAGGACAAUCUCGACUGCAGCACACCAGAGGACUCGCUAGAGCCAAACGACAGUCUGGUCUACUUAAAACUAGAACACACACCGGCGUGGGCCCAGCAACACACACACCAGAGCCAGGAGCUCUUUACCAGAGAUAUGCUGCUUCAGGUGCUAUCAAGCUCUCAACUGGUGGUGUGCUACAAAGCCAAAGAAUUACUUUGUACGGCUCUGCACUUUUACAGACCAGAGCUCAGCUGGAAACAAGUGGCAGGCUGUCAUAUCCAUGACCCGCAGGUGUCAGCGUGGCUACUGGAUCCUGCAAAUCCCUCCUCCUGCUACCCGGAGCUUCUCAACAAACACGGCAAAAGGCCCCGUGCAACGCCCACCCUGGGAACCAAGAAGGUUACUCUCUUGGUCUGUCUGUCACUCUCUCAGGUGUCUCAGGUCAUCUCAGGUCUCUAUUCACUCUACUGGCUUAACAUGAAGCUCUGCUUUAAACUACAGAGCCAAGGGCUGUGGGAGCUGUACUCCGACAUGGAGCUGAACAUGAUCUCUGUUCUGGCAGCCAUGGAGAGCCAUCGCAUCCACGUGGACAAAGAAGCUCUUAAGAGAACGUCAGAGCUGCUGGGGACCAAGAUGAAGCAGUUGGAGCAGGAAGCCCACCGAGCAGCAGGACAAAUCUUCUUGGUCACCAGCAGCACUCAACUACGAACAGUCCUGUUUGAGAAGCUGUGCCUCCAUGAGCGCUGCGAGAACAAGAAACUUCCCAAGACCGUCAAUAAACAACAGCAGUCAACAUCAGAAGCUGCAUUGUUGCAGCUUCAGGACCUGCACCCGCUGCCAAAGAUCAUUCUAGAGUACAGACAGGUCCACAAAAUCAAGUCCACUUUUGUCGAUGGGAUUCUCUCAUGCAUGGCGAGCAAGAAUUCUGUUUCCUCUACAUGGAACCAGACAAGUGCUGUGACGGGGAGAAUCUCAGCCAAGCACCCAAACUUCCAGGCAUUGCCGAGACAGCCACUUCAAAUCAACAAGAAGCAGUACGUCCAAGGAAAGGAGGAGGAGGUGGUGACUGUUCAUCCUCGGGCAAUGUUCAUCCCUCAGGAUGGAUGGACUUUUCUCGCCGCAGACUUCUGCCAGGUGGAGCUUCGACUGCUUGCUCACCUUUCCUCUGACCCUGAGCUGCUGCGCAUUUUCAUCAACCCACAGGCGGACGUCUUUACCAUGUUGGCUUCCCAGUGGAAGGGGGUGAGUGAAGGUGAGGUGACUUCUGAGGAUCGUGAACACGCCAAACGCGUCGUCUACUCUGUCGUGUACGGGGCAGGUCGUGAGCGUCUGUCGGGGAUCCUCGGGGUGAGUGCUGAGCAGGCCAGCCGAGUCCAGGACAGCUUCCUGCAGACCUACAAAGAGGUCCAGGCUUUCAUCCAGAGGACCAUCCAGCAGUGCCACAAGCAAGGUUAUGUGCUCUCCAUCAUGGGUCGUCGACGGACCCUCCCGAACAUCAACUCACCCGACUGGGGCAUCCGCAUGCAGGCGGAGAGGCAGGCAGUCAACUUUGUGGUCCAAGGUUCUGCUGCUGAUCUCUGUAAGAUGGCCAUGAUCAGAAUCUUCAACCUGGUCUCCUCCUCCAGCUCGCUCUCUGCCAGGCUGGUAGCACAACUCCACGACGAGCUUCUGUACGAAGUGGAGGACUCCCAGGUGGAGCAGUUUGCAGGUCUAGUGAGGAGCACCAUGGAGUCCCUUCAGCACAUCGACCAUCUCGGAGUCCAUCUGAAGGUCCCCCUGAAGGUUGCGGUCUCCAGUGGCAAGUCUUGGGGAUCCAUGUCGGACCUUAAUAUCCCGACAAUGUCUCCCUGUCACUGAGUCCUUCCUCCCCCUUCAC